AUGGACACGCUCCCGGUACUGUCCGCUAUUGAAGAACUAAAGAAGGAACUAAAAUCUGAAAUUGCUGAGCUAAAAGAGAGCACAGAUUUCUGUUCGAAGUCAGUCGACGAGUUCAAGACUGCCCUGAACGAGUUAAAAAGUUUCAAGGCACAACUAGGCCAACUGAAUGCUGCAAAUGAGCAGUUGAGGAGUGAGAAUAAAGAACAGCGCAGCAGCCUAGAAGAUUCAGUGAACCGAAUUGCUGAAUUGGAACAAUACAGCAGGCUAAAGAACUUGGAAAUAAAGGGCGUCCCUGUCAACACCAACGAAAACGUGCAGGAUGUCAUAAAACAGAUAACCGAAACACUGUCGGUUCCUCUCGAGAUGCAAGACGUAGACGUUUGUCAUAGGGUACCGACUAAACAGCCCAGUCAACAGCACAUAGUUGUGCAGUUUACAACACGCCAAAAGAGAGACGCGGUCUUGUACGCGGCCAAGAAGAAGCGACUAACCACUGGAAUGAUCGGCAUCCCCGGACAAACGUCUCUUAUAUUUGUUAAUGAGCAUCUCACCCUGUCGAACAAGCUGCUCCUAAGUGAAACAAUCAAGGCAAAGAAAGGCAAAAGUAGGAAGUUUGUGUGGACGAAGAAUGGAAAAGUGUACGCCAGGAAAACCGAAAACUCUAGGGUCGUAAACAUACAAAACAUGUCAGACAUAGAAAAAAUCGUGUAA